AGUGAUACCUUACCUACCUUGUAGUGCAAAAUCGCGAAUUAUUAAUACCUACGAGUAUUUAUUUUUUAUAUUUUUCUCAAAAUUUGAUACAUUUCAGUGAUGAAUCAACGUGAUUAGUGCAUCUACAAUCUAUAUACUCGGAAACCAAUAACCAUAAUCAUUAUAAAAAUAAUUUACCGAAACUACCUUCUUGUAAAAGCGCGUUAGAAAGUUCAGAGUUCAUUGGAAUGAAACACGAGCCAAUGUAAUCGCGAUCUAAGACCACAGACAUUAUCAGUCUCACGUCAUUGGUGAUUACCUAUCACUGAUAAGCUAUUCUUCCCUUAUUACCAGUCUGUAUAAACGGAUCACUUCCCAAGUUCCUCUCACAGUUCCUUUUCAGUUGUCAAUCGUGUAAGAUUGUAAUUUACUUACUAUUUUUCCAAACUAAGUAUAUUUUCAAAAUCUCAAGAUGAAAUACAUCUACGCUUUGACUAUUUUGGUUGCGAUCGUCGCUACUACCAAGGCUGACGCCGAAAGCGACAAACUCUUGAAACAAGCCCUCGACAACAUCGAACAAGGAGUAAAGAAAUUCCAAGAAUUGACCGGAAUCCAGACUGAAUUCGACAAGAACAAAUUGGAAAAAUUCUUGAAAGAUAACUUCGGAAAAGUCAACGACAAAUUCCAAGAAUUGAUCAAAACCAUCGAAAAAGACGUUAAACCUUUCAACGACGAUUUCAAAAAGAACGUUGAAAACAUCGUGAAACAAUUCAACGAAACCGUCAAGAACAUCAACACCCCCGAAUUACAAGGAAAAGUCAAGAAUGUCCAAGAAGCUCUCCAAGCCUCUUUCAAGAAAGUCGGUGAACAACUUAACGAACUCGCCAAAUCAGCCGGAGUUGCUCCCCCACCAGCUAUCCAAAAAACUUUGAACGAAAUCUACGAAGAAAUCUCCAAGAGCUCGCAAAAAGUUAGCGACAAAGUUCAACAAAUCGUCUCCGAUGCUCAAAACGAACUGAAGAAGAAGAAGCCCGCUGCUUAAUUUCGAUAAAUAUUAAUUUUUUUACUUGAAUAUUUAUUUUUCUUUUUUUUUUUAAUAGUUAUAAUUUUUAUUGUGCUUUUUACGUCGUUGCUUCAAUGUGAUUACCUAUGUUUUUUCUUAAAUUUUGAAACCACCGCGGUUUUUUAUCCUUGAAAUUUUUUUUAUGCAGUUUUAUUUUUUAAUUCUGGCAACGACGAUACUCAUAAUUUUGGUUCAAUUGUUAUAGAAAAAUUUAUCCGCAAUAAAUUAUUUUAGAUAAAUUA